GAGUCGCGCUCUGUUGGCGAUGUUGCAGGUUUUGUCGGACAAGUUGCUGUCUCGGAUGUCAGAGAAGGUCGAGCUCAUUCGGGCUCUUGCACUUGCUCAGCCUCGUAGCCUUUCAAAGACUCGGAAUAGGGACCUUCUCGUUCCCCACGCUGCCAGCGACGGUAUCGCUGUCAACGACCCCAGUGCCUUUCGUGUCCUGGAUUGUUGUCCUUUUCGAUGCCGGCGGCGUCGCUGCAACUCUCAAUCAUGCCACCCAUGGUCUCUAGGUUAGUUGCCAUGGGCCUGCGCCUGUUGAGUCUGCAUGUAGGCUAUGUAGGAUCCAGACCCUGCUGCACACUGUCAUUGCGAUACGACUUUGGCCGCAGCGGAGUUCACGAUGCUCAACACUUCCAGAUCUGCUCACGGCCCUUUCAGGGUCCACGGCCCUUGUCGCCGCCAUGGCGGCAGGUCCAGCCUCUGCCGUAGGCAAGCCAGUGGACUUACUCACUGCCGUUCCCGCAGAGUCCGAGAAGAUCUUCAGCGCGACGAUCGAACGGGCCGGCGGGAUCAACACCUUCGUCCACGCCCGUAAACCGGCCACCGUCGAAACCCAGACCAUCGUGCGCUCGCAGUCCGACAUGCUCUAUUCGCAGGGCGUGUUCGAUGUCUCGGAAGGCAUGACCGUGACCGUUCCGAAAAGCUCAGUGGGUUACCAGUCCGUUCACAUGUUCGAUGCCAACCAUGGCCAGAUCGGCGUGGUCUAUUGCGGCCAAAGCCGGGAGGUGACCGCCGAUGAGGUGAGCACCGAGGACAAGCAUAUCUAUGCCAUGAUGCGCACAAGCACCGACAAGGGUAUCGAGACCGCGAAUGCGGCGCAGGACGCGGUGAAAAUGGAGCCCAAGUCGGCGACCGAGUAUGUCGGACCUGGCUACGACCAGGAGCAACUGACCGAAGCCAAGCGGAUGCUUGCUGGCGGCAUCGUGCUGGUGAAGAACCAGACCGCCUAUGCUAAGGAACUCAUCCCCGGCACCGUGUUGCUCAAAGACGGCACGGAUUUGGAGAAGUACAAUUACAUCUUCACGUCGCUGCUGGGCUGGGGGCUAAUGCCGCUCGAGGAUGCCUAUUACAGCAAUGUCGUCAUCAAGGAAGCCGACUGCACCGAGGUGAGCUUUGCCAAACCGCCUGUCGACUACGAUAACCUCGGCUACUGGAGCCUGACCGCGUACACCAUGGAAGGCUACCUGGGCACGGACAACGCGGCUCUGAGCGCCUACAAGGCGGAGUCCAACGACGACGGCAGCUUCUCGAUCAUCGUGGGCAACAGCCAGGACUGUAAGUCGAAGGCCAACCGAAUCGACAUGCCCGAAGGCGGCGCAGCCCUGACUCUGCGCAUGUAUCGUCCGACCAGUCUUGAAGCCGCGAAGGAAUUCGAGACCAAGUUCGUGGCCGACAACAAUGGGAAGUGAACGGCUGCCGUUUUGGAAGAGCGAUUGGCCAUUAGCCGACAUGUCGCCGCAUUUCCGGGGCUAGCCCGCGGUACGGCUCUAAAGUUAACCGGUGGUACCACUACCGAUUGCAAGCUUGCUGACGGUGGCGUUUGCAAUAACGCUGUCAACGUCCCCAGUACCAUGCAUGCCCUUUCCGUUGUCAGCGGAGACGCUGCCGAUUGCAGUCGUGUUGCCCAUAGUGUCAAUGCUAUCCACGAUGACUUGCGACUGCUCGAUAUUAUCAGAUUCGGUGUCAGUAGUGCCACACACUCUCAAUGUCAAGCUUGCCGUCUUUGGGCCCAAUCCAAUCAGCAAGACCUGCGUGGGCGUCUGACAGUGCGGAACCCGAGCCUGCUUUUUUUCUCUGGGGAUUUGUCCUCCACGCUGCCGGUAGUGCUGCAACUAGUGACAAAUUGGCUGGCUAUCGUACCGAUUUUAGUUGUAAUGGCAGUUCCCUUCGAACAGGGAUGAGGGCCAAGGGAUGACGGCAAG